AUGGAGGGAGAAGCUGCUGCCGCCGUCCUUCAAGUACUUGUUCAAAACCUCAUCGACCAUUCCAAGAAAGAGUUCUCACUUGUCCGAGGCCUCAAAAAAGAAGCAGCAAAGCUGACCGAUCGUUUGGGUACACUCCAGCAAUUCUUGAAGGAUGCAGAGAUGCGUACCAUUCCCGGUGGAUCUGUCAAAAGGUGGCUCAAGAGGCUUGAAAAUGUGGCCUUCGAUGCUGACAACGUUUUGGAUGAGUUCAACUAUCAUCUCCUCUGCAAACAAAUCAAGCCCAUCAUGCCCAACGAACCCAUCAAACCCAUGAAACAUAAGGUACUCUCAUGCUUCUCCUCACCAUGCGUUAAAUAUUCACGCUCCCGAAAUAUGGCUCUUAGGAUCCAAGAAAUCAAUGAGAACUUGGAGGUCAUUAACAAAGAGGCUGCGGAUCUUGGCCUCAAAGAGAUGCUUGCCACCAAUGUGCCCACUUUGCCUGAUGUGUCUCGUGAAACUGACUCGUUCACUCUUGAUCCAAUUUUUAUUGGAAGAGAUGAGGAGGUCUCGAAAGUAGUUGAGAUUGUUAUGACUAGUGUCACAACUGAUGAACGUGUUUCUAUUCAUGCUAUUGUGGGAAUGGGAGGAUUGGGGAAGACUACUUUGACUAGGAAAGUCUUUCAUCUUUUAAAAGAAAAGAAUCUGUUUGGAUCAUAUAUUUGGGUGCAUGUUUCUCAAAUUUUUGAUCCAAUGGCUCUUCUAAAGAAAAUCCUCAAAGAGUUAGCUCCUCAUAAAAUUGAAACUGAGAUGAGUAAGCAAGAUACUAUGAAAAAGUUGGAAGAAAGUUUGAAAGAAGAAACUUAUCUUCUUAUUCUUGACGAUGUUUGGAAUCAAGAUCGUCCCGCAUGGGAUGGUUUUAUCCAAUCCUUGUUGGGCGUUAGUUCUAUUAAGGGAAAUGUUAUUGUUGUUACCACCAGAAUUAAGGAGGUUGCUUCAACUGUGAGUCCACAUUGUCCACACGAGUUGAAAGAGUUAUGCGAAGAAGAUUGUUUGUCAAUUAUCAAAGAAAAAAGCUUUGGAAAAAAAGAUUUUCCAUUGGAAUUUGAGGCUAUCGGGAGAAAAAUUGCGAAAAGAUGUAAAGGUUUGCCGUUAGCCGCCAAUGUAGUUGGUGGAGUAUUGCGAAAUAAAACUAAAGCAAAAUGGAUCUCAAUCGAACAGAAAUGGCUUGCACACAAUGAAGGAGCUCAUAUCACAGAUAUAUUGAGGUUGAGCUAUGAUGAAUUGUCUGUACCAUCACUCAAGAAGUGUUUUGCAUAUUGUUCUGUUUUUCCUAAAGGUCAUGGAUUUGGAAAGCAGGAAUUGGUUGAGUAUUGGAUGGCGGAAGGAUUUCUUGAAGUUGAUGGAAAUAAUGACUUGGAAGUUGUGGGAGAAAACUUUUUCAAUAUACUUCUGGACAACUCUUUACUGCAAAUUACAAGAAGAUAUAAUGAUCGGGUGGAAUGUGUGAUGCACGAUCUUCUGCAUGAUCUUGCAUAUUCUAUUUUAGGUGGUUCUCAAGAUGCAUCUGACAUCGUCCCAGUUCGAUACAUGUCCCUUGAAGACAAAGUUCAAAUGUCUCCAUGUUUUAACUUUUGGAAGCUGUCGAGUUUGGAGAUAUUGGAAUGCCCCAAUUUGAGAGGACUACCAGACGGUCUGUGCACCCUCAAAUCUUUGGAGAAGUUGAUUAUAAGGGAUUGUCCAAAUUUGGAACAUAUGGGCGUACAACAAUCAGAAGGAAGCAUCACCCUCACAUGUCUUAAAGAGUUGGAGAUUGAGGAGUGCAAUGCUUUGGUGUAUCUGCCAUGUGAACUGCUAGGAUCCUCGCUUGAGACACUGAGGUUGGUGAAUUUAAGUAGCCUAAAGAAUGUAGCCGAGAUAAUUGACUGUCUGCCUAAAUUGGCCCGUCUAACACGUUUGAAAAUUCUUGGUUUUCCUCGAUUUUUGGCCUUUAACUAUUAUAGAGGUAAUCAUAUCCUGGAAUUAGAUUUUAGUGUGAUGGGAUCAAUGGAGACUGUUGAUGGCAUAUUGCAAGGAUGCAACUUCUCCUCAAUUAGGGGAUUGGAAUUGAAGGGGAGGGAAGGUUGGAAAAAUCUGCCGGAGAUUUGGAAUUGA